AUCUGCCAAAGGCGCAAGUGUCGCGAUUUCGCUUUCCGUAAAGAAAUAACGAUACCUUUUUUUGGGAUUUAAUAUUCAAGUCCGGAACCACUGAUCUUCGGCCAAAGGUAAGGAUUUAUCUAUACUGUUAUUUGUUUUGCUACCAGUCUGCGUAAAAGAAGUUUUAAAUUAGCUUCUCUAGUGUCUCAUUCUGAUACUGACUCCAUGACAUAUUGAAUUCACCAAUACGUUUGACCAUUCCAAUAAGAAAUUCGUUUAAUACAUGCGCAAGUAUCGAGCCACAAUACACUAAGAAUCUCUUCGCAGAAUUAUCAUGUGAUGUGACGAGAAUGGAUACUUGUCAGCAGGAAACAUUCAACCCUGGAGAAGGGCCGCCCUAAACAGAUGAUGUCGGGUCCCUAGUCAUCUCCCUUCUCAUAGAACUUUUGAACUUUUGCCUUUAAGCUGUAAUACAAACGUUCUUUACUUCCCUUUGACGAGAAAUGGAAGCGAGACACGAUUUGUCGGUUGACCACGCACGACUCUUGUCCACGGGUGGCGGAUACGCUGCAAUGGACAAUUCAGCCACUGGUCACCCUAACUCUCAGCAGCUAAGGCCGCCCUACGGAGACCUCUGCCGACCUCCUGGAACGGAUGCCUCGACUCUGUCAGCUGCCUAUCACAGUCGCUAUUUAGCGUCGAUGCCUCUGACGACAGGUUCAACUUUUCCCUUUCUUGGUGGCAUGUUCACUGGCACUUUACCAGGACCACCAACCAGUCCAUUCCGAGCUCCUUCAACUCCUGGGGUAAACAACAUGAGAUUUUGGCCUCCAACACCACCUCCGGAAGGUUAUGGUCGAUACUCCAUGAAUACAAGUUUAUUUCCACUAUUUGGAGCUCCCUCUCCAGAUUCUGGAGCUUUCUUGUCCCAAGGACUAGUCUCUCGUUUAGGUUCAACGGCUCACUUGUCUCCAGUCAUUGAUCACAAAGAACACAGUUUCUUUACUCAUGGAAUUGGUUUAGGCUCCCCUCUGACCCCAACCAGUCAUGUGACCUCACCUUCACCCUUUCCUCACCUUAUCCCUUCUUUAGAAAGGCACCCAUUCAUCGGUCACAUGACUUUGGGCAACAAGGAGCUGGAGGACCUUCAACACGACGCUGAUGAUGUUCGACUUAUGAAAAGCCAUAUGGACUGCCUCAUGAAACAUGACAUUCCCUCUUCUCGCCAAGAUCGCCUGAAAUCAAAAAAUGAUGCCAAACUCUGUUGUGAAAAGGCAGCUGAUGAUUGUUGUAAACUUUCUUCACCAUGUAUUCCUCGGGAUGGUGGGAAGACUCAUGACAACAUGAGGAACAUUUCUAAAUUAGAAGGAAAGAAUCAAAAUCACCAUCCAACGAAUAAAGUGCAACCAUGUAAAAUUGAAGUAAGUCAUUCACCAACACUAAAGCAUGACUUGCUGUCACCACCUAUCGAAUCACCCAGGUCAGACUUGACCUCACCUUGUAAAAAUUUGAAGAAAAAUACUGCAUCACCAAUCUCCUCGCCAUCUGCUAUGACAAACCAUUUGAAUAACAAUGAAACGCGUUGUUCUCAGUGUGCUGCAAGUAUGAAAGGUGUUGCUGUAGCUACAAAAUUAAAUACAAAUGGAGCUUUAACAACAGUGGCUUCUACCACCGGAUCAGAGUGUUAUAUGUCCAAAAAUUGUCCAACAACUGCAGUUACUGCUUUGUCCAUGACAAAUUCAGAACCCAUUUCCUCUAAUGUCACUCUGCAACAUUCACGAAUGACAUCAGAGCAUUCUGAUAACAGUAAGCACACUAAUCAAAAAUCUCCAAGGACUUCACCUGUGAUAACUAUAACUGACAAAGAUAAAACUGAAUCAUUGCCUUGCAAAUCAAAAAAUAUUCCUGAACCAGUACCAGAAAAAUUGCCUAAUAAUAUUCUGCCAACAAUAAAACAUGUGACUGCCGCAGUCAUUCCAACUGCACCUAAACAAGCGGUCCUCCGAGAAGGUCCAAUUGAAAUUAAUUAUCCACCAGCACCAGAAAAUUCAAAAGAAAAUAUCAACCAUGAACCUGUUUGCUCUGAAAUCAACUUCAAUUCUGAAAAUCAUAAUGUCAAGUUGGAAAUGAAUGAUCCUUCUAAUCUUUCUGACAAAUCUGUUGCUAUUCCUAUGUGUCGCUCAUCAAUCAGUCCAGUUUGCAAUUCCUUUUCUCAGAAACCUUUGGCUAAAAGUUCAGCCACAAGCUGUAAAGUAAAAGACAUGAUCCGUAGUGUUAAUUCUUCAAAACAGUUUAAUGGGGAAAAGCUAACAGAAAUAUCUCCAUCCAAAAACUCAGAUGUUGAAAACUAUUCUAAAUCCAUAUUGCCAAAUUCUCCGACUAAGACAAUGCCAUCAAGUGUUUCCAACUGUGUGAGUCCUACAAACUUGGUGAAAAAUCCUUGCCCGACCGGUAAGAUUCCACCUGUAUCUGUUGGCAGUGCAAGUCCAAUCAUGAAGGCUGAAAUGGUUAACACCAGACAAGAUUGUGAAUUUUCUCAAAAAUCAAGCAGCUGGACCAAAGCAACGGUCUUGCCAUUUAACUGGCAAAAUAACAUGCAUGAUGAUCAGGCAAUCAAUCUUACCGUUUCAAAGAAACCUGUUAAACCAGAACCUAAUGAAUCUUUGAGCAGUGCUCAAAAUCCUGAUAUAGAGCAAUCAUCAAUGAAAGCUAUGACUGAAAAUACAGUUACAACUAAUGGUGUAGUAGGCGUUUGUCACCCUACUCCCAGCCCAGUUGCUGUAAAUAAAGUAAAGGGAACUCCUGCUGUCAGUUCUAUCAGUAACUUUUCAUCAAUAUCUGUUGUGAAUCAGCCAACUGAACAAGCAACAGAAGUUCACAUACUACAUCGGUCAUCUAAAAGCUCGUUUCCUGUGGUCAAUAGAAAUGCUACUCCACCUGUGCCGUUAAAAAGUACCAUAUCCCAUGUUACAUCUAAUACUAGCAUCCAUCGUUCUAUCAAAGCAGAGAGGUUAACUAAUAAGAGAGGUAAACUGGGUGAUAUGGAUAAACUAAAUUACUCUGGCAGAGCAACCUUGGCUACUUUAGCUCCAAAAUUAUCAAAAACUGUCGGAUUUGGCAAAGAUGCCCAAACAUCGCACACUUUAUCUGCAUCUUCAUCAGUUUCAUCUACAUCUAUUGUUUUCCCAGCCACAGUUAACCCUUGCAUACCAGUUGGAAUAGCCAUUGCACAGCAAAGGCAAGAUUCAUCUACUGCUACAACAGGUAAAUCACAACCAUCUGUGCCAACUAGCACCCCCAGUGUCGUGACACCAAAUCAGCAUUUGGCUUCUAGUCGAGUGGCUGCUGAUUUACAGGCACAAGAAUUGAUAGCAGAUCAGAAGAACCAGGACUUGUCUUGUUCUAAUAAUCCAACACCGGUUGAUGCUAACUUACUAGUCACUCAAGGUCCAACCAUUGUGUCCAGACAGUGGGAAUCUGAAGCCCUCACAAGAACAGCAAUGCCUUCUGCUUCCUGGCUCACUCAUGGGUCAGUUGUUGCACCUGCUGUUUGGUUAGGACAAGGAGCUUAUGCGGCAGCACCAACUUCAAAUUCAGUGUCCAGUAUUGCAAUGAAUCCACUUGAUCCAUCUCCUAUUUCAUUGCCUCCUGGGGGUUAUCAACUUGCAAGAGACUCUAUCUCAGGGCACUUAUUAUUGAUACCUACAGCUAAUAUUGAAUUAAUGGACAGAACAUCUGUUUGGCCAUCAUUUAAUACAUCUGCUGGGAAUCUUCCAAUACAACAACUUGUUACACAACAGCAGCAUACACAAUUUGAACAAGUGCUCCCACAUGCUGAAACGCAGAAAACUGAAGGAAUGGACAGUUGCAAUAUUACAUCUUGUGAUAUAUCAGCUCAACCUAAAACAGACGAUAAAGUGGAGGACAUGAGUGGGCAAGUGCCAAGUGUACCUCUUGCAACAGGGCAGACGUACGCUUUCACCACUUUCCCCACACAGUGUGAUCCCUCCAGUUUUUCCUAUGUUCUUCAGUCCUCAACAGUAAUGCAUCUAGCACAUACACAAACAGCAUCUUCAAUUCAGGCAGACUCUGGUCGAAGAUCCCAAGGCACUUCUCCAUUGCAUUGUGCAACACCUUCACCUCCACCUAAUACAUGUUCUGUACAAGUUUCUAUUACAGAAGAUGAAGAAAGUGACAAUGAUAGUGAAGGCGUUGCAUGUGGAGAGUCCACGGAAGUCCAGUUAUGUCACAAUCAAUCCGUCACAACUGCUAUUCAAGUGGAUAUGGAUUCCCAGACAAACUCUGAGGAAGAUGAAGAAGAAGAACCUAAAAUUGUUGUAGAUAAGCCAGAAGAUACCAAGGUAGAAAUGUCUGAUUCUGCCAACCAAACAGAGUCUGUACCAUCAGAAAGUCCGAAGUCUGAUCCGGAUCCAGAUCCUGAACCGGAAGCAGAAGAUGUAGCGCUACAUGAGCAGUUAGGAAAUCAAGAUCAGCCUGCUUUCCCAUCUGAUUCAAUGCAAGAAAAGCCUGAAAUUAUCCCUAGUAUCAGUAUUAAAGAAGAUAUUGUAAGCUCUGAGCCAGGUAUGGAAAUAGUUACAUCUGAAACGGAAUUAGCGCCAUCAUUACCAGUUGAAAGCAAACCUGUUAUGGACUUCAUUGAUCACCAUGGGCUCAAUCUUUUGGUUGAUAGUAUUGAAGAAUUUGCCUCCAGAGAACAACAAGAUGAGUCUGUAAAGAUUGGUGAUUCCAUAUUACAAAAUAAUAUGUCUGCUGAAACAACUUCUUUAUCCAUAGUAAAGGAUACUGUUGGUGAAGAACAGACCUCAGAUCUUCCUAAAGACAAUGAAGCAAAUGUCAUUUCAGAGAAAAAUUAUUCAUCAAAAUAUAAAACACUUGAUACGACAUGCACUGAUGGUUUAGGUCUUCUCUGUGCUUUGGCAGAACAGAGGUUCUUGGAAGAAUCCAUGAAUGUUGACGAAAAUAAAACAAAUACAGUACAGACUGAAACGCAGGAUUCAUAUUCAUUUCCUGAAGAAGCAAAAAUCAAAAUAGAUUCUAAUUCUUCCAUAUCAAGGGAGCAAGUAAAUUCUGAUGAUUCAUUCCUAUCUUCAUGUUCCUCUUCCCAAGAUUAUGAAGAAGUUUCUGAAUUAGAUAUGCGAGCACGAUUGGCAGAGCUUCAAAAGAAAUACCGUCAGAAACAGCGUGAACUUGAAUUACUGAGAAAUAAAAGAGAAAAAGACAACAGUGAUGAUGAAUUUGAAUAUAUGUCCAAUUCACCAAAACCACCAAAAUCUUUAUCUCAGAAUAAAUCUUCAAGUGUUUCUCAAUCAAAAUUAUCAUCAACAUUUCAAGAACAUACUUCAUGUAAAAAUGCAUCUUCAAAAUCUUCAAAGAAAAAACAAAAGAAAGCCCAAGAAGAAUCUGUUGUAGAAAAUAAUUUUAAACCUGCCAAGAAAAGUAAAGUUUCAGUUAAUAAGAAUAACACACAAGAAUUUCCAUCAAGAGAAGAAGAGCAUGCUAAAGUUCCAAGCAUAACUUUAGUUCAUGAAUCAAGUGCAAAUAUUUCUAGUGAUUCUAAUGCAUCAUCAUCUGGCUUUUCAAGUGCAUCGCUGUCAAAGAAAACGUGCAAUAGUCAAGAUUACAGCAAUGAAAGCAAUUCUGCCAGCAGUGUUAGUAAAGAUGAUAACAGUUCCCAAUAUCAAGAUUAUGAUAAGAAUGACAAAACAAAAACUCCAAUUUUUGAUGAGCAGGCCUGGUUUGUGCGACGAAGUGAGCGCAUCUUUCUUAGUGAUGCACGUUCAGUUGCAACAACCACACCUGACAAAAAUGCGAAGAAAAAUUCUAGCUCUUCUCAGAAAGUGCAGAAUUCUGAAGUACCUCAUAAAGAGAAGAAAGAGACUAUAAAGUCGAUAAAAAUUUCAAAAGCUUCUGAUGAAUCUGAAAAUAAAAAAGUUAAAGGCAAAACUCACAGAAAACCAAAACUGAAAUUGUCAAAGAAAUAUUUAAGCGAUUGUGAUUCUGAUAGUAGUAGUAAUGAAAUGUCAGCUUCGGACAGUGAACAUAGUGAUGGUGCCUCGAGCACAAGUGAAAAUUUGCCUCUAAGCACAUUUGUCGAACAGUCCACUCAGAAAGCUGUAUCAGAACGACAAAAGCGACUUUCAGUGGAUAGUGCCUGCAGUGAUAUCAGUUCAGGUCAGAGUGAAGACAUUCCCUUAAGUGUAUUAAUUGGUCAGAAAAAUGAAACUUGUCCAGAACUGAAAUCGUGCAUAUUGAAGCCUGAUGAGCUGCAGAAAGAUGCUAGACUCUUGGUUUUGGAUGAAGGGCUUUUCUAUGCUGGGCAUGUUACAAAGAGUGAUGAUCCUGAUGUGUAUGGCAUUCUUAUUGAUGGUGAUAGAGCAGCACGUCCUCAUAUGUUUUCAAAGGAAGAAAUACUUAACGCAGCUGUUCUUGAAGUAAAACCCACCCACAAACAACAGUUACCUGAGGGAUCCAGAAUUUGUGCUUUCUGGAGUCAACAGUACCGAUGUUUGUAUCCUGGUACAGUCACCAAAUCAUCUAGUCCUAUGCCAGAUCCUUCAAUGUUAUACGUGGAAUUUGAUGACGGAGAUUCAGGCCGUAUUCCUUUAAAUGACAUUAGAAUGCUUCCACCAGAUUUUCCAAUUGUCUCUAUGGAACCAAAUCCUUUUAUGAUUUUGGGCAAACGAAGAUCCCGUGCCCAGAGUCAAAACAGUUGUGGCACUAAUGAUGGAAAGAAUGGGAAUGAAUCAAGCAGUCAGAUGAAUGAAAAAGAUAAAAGUGAUUCCAAAAAACAGAAAAUUAGUGACAAGUCAAGCAAAAAAUCUAAUCCUGAGUCCAAGCAUAAAGACAGCUUGAAACGUAAAAGAUCUCCGUCUGCCUCAAAUCGUUCGCGUAGUUCAUCCAAAUCAUCAAGUACCAGUCGUGCGGAAUCCAAGAACCAAACUCCUGCUACUGCAGAGGAACAUAAAAAGAAAAAGUCUGAGGAAAAGACUAAAACUGCUAGCUCAAAAUCGAAAGACAGUGACUCUAAAACUGAUAGUUCUUCUGUUGAACCUAAGCCAAAGAAACACAAAAAACACAAAGAUAAAGAGGAACAUCAUAAGCACCAUCAUCAUCACCAUCAUAAACACCAUCACCACAAAAAGCAUAAGACAGAGAAACAUGAGCGUCGCACCUCUAAUGAUACUGUGAUAUCUUCAAGCACUUCGAGCACUGGUGAUGACUCGCAUGCCUGUCUCUCAUCUUCAUCAGUUAGGUUACCUAAUCCUGAACAGGACAUGUUUAUUUUGGAAAACUCCAAGUCUGAAUUGACCGUAAAAAUUAAAAAGUCUCCCUCGCCCCACACUAAUCAUGAAGAUGCAGCGGCAGCUGCUGAAAAAAAAGAGAAGAGAACAACAGUGAUGGAGACAUCUGAUUCCAGUAGUUCUGAUGAAGAUGUUGUGGAACCGGCCAAAAAGAAAACAAAGAAAUCAAAAGGCAAUCAGAAUAAACCUGCAAAAAGGAAAGAACGUGUACCAUCUGUGGAAAAGAGCAAAAUAGCAGCCUUUUUGCCAGUGCGUCAGCUGUGGAGAUGGUCGGGGAAAAGCUUUCGGCGACCCGGGGCUAAAGGAAAAGCUAAAAAAGAAUUUUAUAGGGCAAUACAGCGUGGCAAAGAGACGAUACGGGUGGGUGAUUGUGCAGUUUUCUUAUCAACUGGAAGACCUCACUUGCCAUAUAUCGGAAGGAUAGAAACCAUGUGGGAAUCAUGGGGUGGAAAAAUGGAUGUGAAAGUGAAAUGGUUCUACCAUCCUGAAGAAACUAAAAGUGGCAAGAAAUUAAGUCAUCUAAAGGGUGCCCUUUUCCAAUCACCGCAUUUCGAUGAAAAUGAUGUGCAGACCAUAUCGCAUAAAUGUGAAGUGUUAUCAUGGGGAGAAUAUCAAGAAAAGAAGCAUCCAGAGAAUAAAUAUAGUGAUGACAAUGACACUUAUUUUCUCGCUGGGACCUAUGAUCCCAUUUUGGGAACUCUUAUUUUGGAACCUGGGGUUCCUGGCAUCCCUUCUACACAGGAUCAGUGAACUUAAAACAGUGAUGAAACUAUUAGUUGUUUGUGCUCAGUCUUCAGUCAGCUUCUCUUGUUGUUUUCUUUAAGUUGUUGCUGUGAAACAGUGUCGUGUAGCACUCAUCUAAUUGUGGCACAGUUUCUCAAUUUGAUGUGUGUUUUUCUGUUGUUAAUUUUUUGUUAUAUUUUGCACUCAACAAAAAAGAAUGUGGAGUUUUUCUCGUUAUUCUAUGUGCUAUUGUAACAAGGGGCUUCCCUGCAUAUAUUACCAAAGCUGUUAUGUUUGGCUCUUUUUUUUUUUUUUUUUUUUUCCCCCCUUUUAAUCCUUGUAUUAUGAAUAGUGCAUUAAAUGUGCUGUUCCUUGUAAAAAUUUGGUACUUGAUAUUCAAUGUGACAAUACAUGUUUUUAUUUUGUAAGCUUUUUUUUAAUGGGGGGGUUGCAUUUUGAAAAGAAAAUCAAAGUGUAAACAUUUUAGCCGCAAAUGCACGUAGCACAAGAUUAUCAACCCUCUGUACCAGAGUUAAGGAUAUGACGAAAAAUAUUUACUGCUUAUCCUUAUAAGAUAGCAUUCUUCAAUGGCUGCAGCACUUCAUGCACUGAUGUUUGAGUUCGGGGAGCCCCUUCUUAUCGUGCUCCUGCACUUUGAUGCAACUGAUUGCUGGAGUGUCAGCAUUCUUUUUUGAAUUUAAGGAUAUUUCCCAAGACUGUUACAAAAACAUAUGGCUCAAAGAGUUGAUAGUUUGGACCAUUCAAACUAUUGUGUAAAUUUGCAUCGAGUACUGCAAAUACUAGCUGUGAGAAAAGAUCAUUCCCUGUGACUUUCUAGUUGGGGAAAUAUUUUGUAUUAUAUUUGCAAAGCAUUUUGAAAGGUGACAAAUAUACUUGGGGUAUCUGCCAGUAUUGCUCUUCCUUUUUAAAAUGUUUUUCAGGACGAAAGUAAAAAAAAGUGAUACAAAGAAGUUAUUUUUAAAUUUUUGUUUUAUAGUCCCAGAAUAUUUGAAACUUGCAAUCUCGUGUGAUUUUGGAAAAAAAGGCAGUGCCUUACUUCUAUUUUUGUCUUUAAAGCAUGAAGAAGAGAAGGUUUAAAAAAUACCAAUCUUGCUACAAGUUUUCAAUGAAUAAAGAAAGUAAGGCUAAAUAUAAGUAACACUUCUCAUUAAUUAGAAAGGCAAAAAAAAAAUACUUUUUAACUAUUUCAAGCUUUCAUAUUUAAUGUUUUUAAAGUCAAAACUAAUCAUUUUGGUCUAUAAACAUUUAGCUUUGCUACAGAUUGAUGUCAUGAUGCGAUUUUAAAAGUCACUAAAUUUGUCCUUCAAUGAAUGCUGAAAUAAAAUACUAGUUUCAGAAACAGACCAAUCUCCUAAUUGGAAAUAGAACCAUAUAUUUGUCACCUCUUAUUGAUGAUCUUUGUUACAUCAAUGUAUUUCAAGCUUUUAUUGUAAAUUGUUGCAUUUAAAUGACUAAUUGUAAGUCGGUCAGUAAUCAAUAUUUUCAGCCUUCCAUUAUCAUAGUUUUUUAACUUAAUGAAAUGCUGUAUUUUUAUCCCUGCUUUUUUGAAUUUAAAUAGCAAUAAAUUGUGUGCUCUUAUAAGUUUUCUAUUAAAUGCACAGCCUUCCUUUUUAUGCUGUGGCUUGUGUGCCGAUGUGAAGAAAUGCCUAAACUUCAUGCUUGUAUACAACUGUCCUUUUCACUGAAAAAUUUCAUAGAUAAAGAAAGUACUGUGAUUAUUAACUUAAUCUUAGUAAAAAAAAAAGUAUUCUUAAUGUAAAAAAAAAUCACACAUUUUAUUAAUUCUCAAAUAUCAUUUUCAUAAGUACAACAGAAGAUACCAAAUAAUUGCCUUACACAUGUUUUGACCGUUUUGUAGUCAAAUAUCUAUGCACUUGUAUAAAGUAUAGAUGAAAUCAAAUGCCUUUUAUUGAACAAUUCACAGAGCUGUACCAUCAAUAUCAUUGUUCUGCAGUAACCAUCUCCCACUGCAUUAGUAAAUACCUCAUUAGCAUUUGUAAAGAUCUUUUUAAAAAUUCAGAUAUCUCUCUAUUGGUUAGUGGUCUGUAGAUCACUUUCAUUACUGUACAUAUAAUUUUUCUAGUGUUAGAAGCCUUUUUUGGAAUGAUAAUAUUAAGAUUGAAUAAGUCAUGAUACAAAUUGUUUAAAUGAUAGCUUUGUAUAGAAUGUGAAACAGUUACUUGAAUCCAGUACUUGAUUUACAUUCCACAGAACAGCUAUACUGCUUUGAUGGAAGAUCAAUGAAAGAUAAGAAAAAGUUUUCUUUUUAUAUUAUAAUUCUUUAAUGUUUUGAAGAGAAUAUCUCUAAUAUAGGUGCCUAAGAACUUCAAUGUACAUGAUAUGCAUUUGGGAUAUUUUCCUAUUUCUUGAUUAAUAUUUGAGACCAAUCAAAAAUAGCAGAAUAGCCUCUUUGAAACUACCUUUAAUUUUCAUCAGUUUUUAUUUAGGCAGAAGAAUUUUACUUUGAUGCUUUAUUAAUGAAGAGAUUCAAAUAUUCAUUAUAUCACUGACGUUAUGUUUCUUGAAAUUUGUGAUUGUGUGUCUGCCUUCUCAUCUGACAUUACCUGACUAUCGGUUCAGAUGCAGUUUACCAUAAGCAAUUUUUAAGAAAUUAAUUUAAUUAAGAGGAUAGUUUAUUUCCUCACUUAAUGUUUCUAGAAUGUUUUAAGUCAAUUUCAAAAAUAUUUUUGGAUCACUAACAAGGAUACUUAAUUACAUGAUUUCCCGUCAGAUUGAAAGUUCCUUUUGAUGUUGGCUUUUUUUAAUCAACUUAAUUGAUCUGCAAAUUCUCAAGUUGAGGUAAACUUAAAUUCAUGAUAUUUUAUUCAACAUGAACUUAAUCUAGUCUUACGUCUAUAACUUUUUAUGCCGUACAAGACAGUGGGCAGCAACAAAUUCCUACUUUCUUUCUCUCUGGGUAUAUAUUUAUGUGUAUAUUGUGCCUAUAAUGCAAUUUAUGCAUUUGUUUAAGGUGUAUUAUUUCUCAAAAGCUUUUCAGCUAUCAUGUUCCUGUGUAUAGCAAUAAUCAACUUUAUUUUUGAAUGCUUGAUAAUACAAUCAAUUAAAGGUCAAAUUGUGCCAUUCUUUAUUUUUUUCUCCAUGUCUUUUCCCCUUUACUGCCAAAUAUUGAGACGCUUAAAAUUCAAUUUACAGUGUAGUGCCAUAUAUUUGUAUUGCUUAAGUGUAAUUAACCAAGAGUUUGAGAAUGUAAAUUUGAUGGUGUAAAAAGAAUUUAAACUUUCACCUUUCACAGCUUUACUGGUUUUUAAAGUUUUUGUUUGCCUUACUUAUCAAUCUUACAUUAGAAAUGUAGGUUUUUGUGAAGACAACCAUGUUUGUGGGACAAAACUAUUGUUUCCUGUACUAGCAAAAAGAUGAAAUGUCCUAUAUAUACAUAUAUAUCUAUAUAUAAGGGAUUCAGGGGUGUCUGUGCCAUAAAGUUAAUUGACAUUCUAGAAUCUCUUCUUCCACACUAUCUAUGCAAUAGAAAUCAUUUUGUAUUUUGUAGUGUCACAUGCAUGUGAUAGAAGUACAGCAUUUCCUUUAGUUUCCAUCUGGUCGAUUACGUGUAAGUAAUUGUUUGAAAUUGAUUACUGUUGUGUAGUUAUAGUGGCUUACUAUCAGUGUUUCAUCGUAACAUUGACAAAUGUUUCCUUUUUAUUGUCAGCUUAGUGGCAUGUUUCUGUUUUAUUGUUGUGCAACCUUGUUUUAUUUGUGAAGGAAUUGUAGUCACACAUGUUUAAAUUAUUAUGAAUCUUUGUUCCGGGAGAUAUGUAAUGUUUUAAAUCGGUGGUUCCCUGUGAUAUUGCUCAUUUGACAGUUCUCCUUAUUGUGGCCGAUCAUUCUUUUUCUUUUUUUCAUAUUAUGAAGGACAGUAUUAAAUAUGUCCCAAAAGGACCAAGAAAAAAAAAUCUUUUCUUUUUUUAUUAUUAUUAAAACAAAAUUAUAAUAGUUUUUUUUUCAGUUGCUGUUUAAUAAGAUAAGUUUAAAGCCAUUGUUAAAAUGUUUUAUAUGGAAUUUAUUUCUUUUUUCAUUAUUUACUUUGAUAAUCAUAGUUUUAUGCUUUAUGUAAAGUAAGCUAUUUUUUCCACUGUGAAACUUGUUUAGGUAAUACUCAUAUUAGUAUCAGAAUUAUUAAAAAUAUUUUCAACAUAAAAUAUGAUCAUGAUGAACAACAAUGAGAAGAUUUUUUUUUUAAGCAUUUGUUUUAAAAAUAUUAUUUGAAGGUCGAUAUUUAUCAAUAGUCAUGACAUUCGUAUAUACAAGAAAAUGAAAAUUUUUAUAGUUUGUUUUGUAAUUUUUAAAUAUUGAAUUAUAUUUCUGACAUGUUAAAAACUAUAUUUGACAUUAGCUUUUUUAUUGAGGUUCUGUUGUAUGCAUAAAAACUUUCUUGCAACCCAAAAAUGUUUGAACUGCUGGAAUUAUGUUAUACUUAUUCUAGAUGACAACUCAGAUAUUCAUGUAUCAGCACGCUUGAAGCUUCUGUAGUCCAUGAUUGUGCUAAAAAGAAUAUGCACAUUUUCUUUUUUUAUUGCCAAGACAUUUAAACCCCUGUGCAACACAUAUUGGUUUCUGGUUGUACAGUGUAAAUAUUCUGUGUUUGUGUAUACUAUCUGGGCCUAUUAGAAAACCCUAUUUUUAUAUAUGAGAAAAGCCAUUUUAUUGAAGGGAAGCUAGUGUAAUGGUGCUGGUAUGUAUAUAACACAGGCAUAUUCAGUAGUUAAGAGUUUUGGUAUGAACCUAUUUUAUCUAUGUUAUGCUACGACCGGACACUUUAUGGGUACUGUACAUAAGUCCAUGGUAGAAAAAAUUGUGGUGCCUGUUUGUGAUAAUGGUUAAAACAAUUACAGUGGUCAAAUUGUAAGGAUUGUCGUUUAGUAAAACGAAAAUUAGGAUCACAUAUCUUCUUCAAUCAGUCUGGAAAAAAAAUUCUUUUAUUAUUGCUGUUAUUAUUUUUUUUUAGUUCAAAAUAGUUCAUAAGGAGUUUAAUUUUGCAGUUCUAAUCAAUUUUUAAUACAAAAUAAUAAAUUUAAUCCAUGUUUAUAUUUUACAUGCUAGAUAGAACAAGGAAGGAAAAAAAAAAGAUUUUGUGGACUAAAAACCAAUUUGUCCAAAAUAAAUUUUAGCAUACUAAUUGUUUGAAACAAUUAAUGUCGACAUCAUCUGAUUUUUAAGAAUUUUUUUUUUUAAUUUCAUGAUAUUUUGGGAUGUUGAGUUAUUAUUAUUUUUUCUUUAGUGAAAAAACUCAAGUUAAAACAAAAAUAGUAAAAAUCACGACACAAUCAGUGUACCUGUAAAUACAAUCAUUAUUUGUCCACUUUCAUUGCAAGAUGUGAUUUUUACAUGUUUUUAUGUGCAUGUGUAUAUUGUAUUAUAUGACUUGUUUUCUAAUUUGGAUUCCAUGAAACAGCUGUUACAGAUUCAUACGAAUAUUGUUUUACUGGCAUAUGAAGCAAAAAGCAUUUAUUAAGCUCCAUAUGCAAUUUCACUCGACAUGUUAUGGACCUGUAGCAGCACGAUUCAUUUAUUGUAAUAGCUGGUGUAAGAAAGCAUUGAUUUAUUGCUUCCUCUACUGCUGAGCUAUAUCUUGUACAUUUAUCUUUUGUUUUGUUUUCUUUUUCUUAAUAUUUUUGUCUUUUUUUUUUUUUAACAUUUCAUUUGAACUGAAAGAAAGCGAGAGAAAAUCAGUGACAUUAUGUGUUUUGGUAAAUGCAGAUAUGAAUGAGUGGGUCCUUUCUUGCAUUAAUGGCUUUUUAAAACUGCAAGUACUUACGAUACUGUAACCAAAAUAAACGGUGAAAAAAUUAAAUGUAAAUGUGAUCAACACAAUGUGAUGCUGCCGGUGGCGGAUAUUAUUUUUUUUCUCUUGCUUUUUCUCUACUGAACAGCAUCAUUACACCCUGGAUCGAGUGACUAAAGUAUAUCCUGUUUGUACAUAUGAAAUUCAUUUAAAAAUUGAGUUGUUUGCAAUUAAAAUUCUAUUGGUAAUAAGUUGGCUUUCCUCAUUCGACGAAGUUGCAGUUGCAUAUAAAGUAAUAAAAAUUGUUGUUGACUA